AGGCCUCGCGGUUGAGACAGCGGACAAAGAGCCGCCGCCAUUUUGUAUGGUCGUAGUAACGUUAGGGUUUCUGCUGCCGGGAUGAUGGUCCCGUGGAUGAGAGGGAAUAAGCGCGGACUGGGCACUGUUGUUGUAUGCCCAGACUUGAGGCGAGGGAGGGGGAGCUGUGAGGGUCGACGGACACUUGGGCGGGAACGGCUGUGAAGGCGUAUCGCCAACUGGCGUAUUUACAAGCCUUAAGGUACCUCGUGGGUGAACCCGAGGCCCAACUCCGGACGGCAUGAGAUGCAUCGUGAUUCCUGUCCACUGGACUGCAAGGUUUAUGUAGGUAACCUUGGGAACAAUGGCAACAAAACUGAAUUGGAACGAGCUUUUGGCUACUAUGGACCACUGCGUAGUGUAUGGGUUGCUAGAAACCCCCCUGGUUUUGCUUUUGUUGAAUUUGAAGACCCACGUGAUGCUGCUGAUGCAGUGAGAGAACUAGAUGGGAGAACACUUUGUGGGUGUCGUGUCAGGGUGGAGCUGUCCAAUGGUGAAAAACGUAGUCGGAACCGUGGUCCACCUCCUUCAUGGAGUAGACGUCCUCGAGAUGACUACCGCAGGAGAAGUCCUCCUCCUCGCCGCAGAUCUCCACGAAGGAGAAGCUUCUCCCGUAGCCGCAGCAGGUCCCUUUCUAGAGAUAGGAGGAGAGAGAGAUCACUAUCACGGGAGAGAAAUCAUAAGCCUUCCCGUUCAUUUUCCAGAUCACGUAGCCGCUCCAGGUCAAAUGACAGGAAAUAGAACUUCAGGAAGAGCAAUGUACAGGAAGUCACAUUAGUUCUGAAGAAAGGUGUAUGUACAGAACAUUGCUUUCGUUAAGACUUCAUAAGCUUGGUGCAUUUUUAAGAUGUUUUAGCUGUCAAAUUUUGUUUCCUUGUCUCUUGUAACAGGUGACAAAUGUAACAGUUGUGAAUCUGUAUAUGGUUCUGAGCAGGUCAUAAGAAAUGUAAUAAACUCAUUGCGUUACAGUGUACCCUUAAGCAUAACUUUUAUUUGCUUCUGUAUUAGCCAGUUACCUUGCAUAGACUUACCAAACAAAACCUCAAAGCCAUGCAGUGGCAAAAGUUCUUAAGUCUUUUGGGUUGCGUUUUGGCUUCUCAGGAUCUAAAUGUGAAAAGAAGUUCUCAACACUCAUGGACUAUUAAUCAAGAGCGUUUGCUACAAUCCUAAUGGGCCUUCUAUGCACGGUGAGACUAGCAGGCUUGAUUAGUCAGAAUAGUGGAAAGAAUAAAACCAAUAACAAGCAAAGGGACUGUGAAAGCUGUAUAGGUAGACUUCUUUCUAAAAUUGUUCAGGUUCUGAUUUAUAAUAGUCUGUGCUGGUCUUAUGACCAUUAUAAAACUAAUGGAAAUACCAGCUUAGUCAGAACUACACUCUGUUGUAAAGAAAGGUAAAUUAAGUACUGCACCUUUUGAGUAGAGCACUACUUAAAUUGCUGAAAGAUGGACUGCUUAUCAGGUUUCACUAUUGAACAGACCAAAAAAGGACCCAUAUGUUGGGUAAACGUGGAUGCAUAAGGGUACAUUGUAGAUGCAGUAUGUCUUUAUUGUGCAUAAGUUGUCAUGUCACUGUAAACUCUUGAAAAUCCUUGGAUUAAAGUUUUGGUUACAAAUCGUU